AUGGAGACCACAGGAGACAGAACAUGGCAGUUCAGGGCAUGGGGAGGGGAUCUAGGCAAGGAAAUCCCUGAUGAGGAGUGGGCUAGAGCCAUUCUGUUGACAAAAGUGACACUCCAUUGUGCCAACUCCUUGGAACUUUUUAUGAAGGUGGUUCUACAUUGGCACUAUACUCCCCUCCAACUAGCCCAGGUAGGGACACCAAGAGAGGCAGGGACACCAGGAGAGGCAGGGAAACCAGGAGAGACAGGGCCACCAAGAGAGGCAGGGACACCAGGAGAGGCAGGGACACCAGGAGAGACAGGGCCACCAAGAGAGCCAGGGACACCAGGAGAGGCAGGGACACCAAGAGAGACAGGGACACCAGGAGAGGCAGGGAAACCAGGAGAGACAGGGACACCAGGAGAGGCAGGGACACCAAGAGAGACAGGGACACCAGGAGAGGCAGGGAAACCAGGAGAGACAGGGAAACCAGGAGAGACAGGGACACCAGGAGAGGCAGGGAAACCAGGAGAGACAGGGACACCAGGAGAGGCAGGGACACCAAGAGAGACAGGGACACCAGGAGAGGCAGGGAAACCAGGAGAGACAGGGACACCAGGAGAGGCAGGGAAACCAGGAGAGACAGGGACACCAAGAGAGACAGGGACACCAGGAGAGGCAGGGACAGAAAGACAGGGAAAGACAGGGAACAGUUUCCAAUUUACUUGUAUUAUCAAAUUUGCUUGA